CCUACUCGCGUCAGUGCGAAACCCGCCGUCGUCCAGAGGACUCGUACAAAGCCCGCCCGCGCGCGUGUGUCUCGUUCCCCCCUUGAAUCGCGCGAUCGAUCGCGUUUUCUUUUCCAAAGUCACAGCUUCCUGCCAGCAGCCUAUACACACAGUACGAGUAGUUGUCUCGAGAUUACAGCCGAAGAUUAAGAUAUAGGAAGACCAGCUCACGUUUCUAACAGGAGCGAGAGAGUCUUGCUCGCGACUGUGGACAUCAGAGCGCGAGGGUGAGAGAGGGACUGUAGGAGCGUCGUAGUGGAGUGUGCGCGAGUUGUGCGAACUGUGCGCGGCUUCGGGAGGUUGAUGACGAUGACGAUGAUGAUGAUGAUGAUGAUGUCGCGGCCGCUGCUGCUGCUCGUCGUCCUCGGGGUCGUCUGCACCUCCGGAACUCAGGCGGUCUCCGAGCGACUGGAGCUGGCCCCCGCAGGCGGCAGAUCCGAGCCACAGGUGGCGACUCUCUGCGAAGCUGGCGAAGUGUACCUGGCUCAACACAUGGGCGAACAGGGCCGUUGGAUCUCCUCGUCGGACACCAAGAGCUGCAUGACCGACAAACUCGAAAUUCUACAGUACUGCAAAAAGGCCUACCCGAAGCGAGACAUCACCAACAUCGUCGAGUCGUCGCACUACGUUCGCGUGAGCGGCUGGUGCAAGCCCGGCAAGAACAAGUGCAAGCUCUCGAGAUGGGUCAAGCCCUACAGAUGCCUGGAGGGACCCUUCCAGAGCGACGCACUGCUGGUGCCCGAGGGCUGUCUGUUCGAUCAUCUGCAUAAUCAGACCAAGUGCUGGGAAUCUUACAGAUGGAACUCAACGGCUGCCGAUACCUGCCGGGAUCGCAACAUGAAUCUCCGAAGUUUCGCCAUGCUCCUCCCCUGCGGCAUUUCUCUCUUCGCCGGUGUCGAGUUCGUCUGCUGUCCGAAGCACUUGAAAGAGAACAUGAAGCUGAAGAAGCACUUCGAGAUGCACGUGCCCAAGGGAGUGGACGACGAUUUCGAGGAGGAGGAGGAGGAGGAGGAGAACGUGAACGAUGAUGCAGCCGCGACCGCCGAACAGGAUGACGAUGCCGACGACGACUCGGAUUCCUACGAGAACCUCGACGAUGUGCUCGGAGAUCAGCCCGACGACGACGACAGCAACGAGGAGUACUUCGAGGAUUAUGAGGCUACUACGCGGCCUUCGUCAUCGUUGCCGCCAUCGACGAGCCUCAGUCCGUCGGACAAGAUGAAAGAGCCGUCGAGCGGCGAAGAAGCCGGUGGAAGUAGCAGCAGCAGCAGCAGCAGUACCGUCCCGAGCACCUCAGCCAGCAGUGGUAGUACUCAGCAGCAGGCGGCAGCUUUCUUGCCGCACGGCACACCCGAUCCCUACUUGACCCACUUCGAUCCGCGAUCGGAGCAUCAGAGCUACAAACAGGCGCAAAUGAGGCUCGAGGAAAUUCACAAGGAGGAGGUUACCAAGGUGAUGAAGGACUGGAGCGAUCUCGAGGAGCGCUAUCAGGACAUCAGGGCACGUGAUCCAGUGGCCGCCGACGCGUUCAAGCGAUGGAUGACCGUCAGGUUCCAGCAGACCGUCGCUGCUUUAGAGGCCAGCGGCGCAGCCGAGAAGCAUCAUCUCAGCGCAAUGCACCAGCAGCGCGUCCAGGAGACCGUCAAGCAGAGGAACGAGGAGGCGAUGUCUUGCUACACUGCGGCCCUGAACGAGAUUCCACCCAACGAGCACCGCAUCCAGAAAUGCCUGCAGAAGCUGCUUCGCGCUCUGCACAAGGACCGACACCACACGAUCGCCCACUACAAGCAUCUCUUGGACAGCAGUCUGGAGCAGGCGCAGAGGGAGAAGCCAGCGACGCUCGAGCACUUGGCCGACAUCGACCGAAUAACAAAUCAGAGCCUCCUCAUGCUCGAGCGCUACCCGGAGUUGAGCAGCAAGAUCGGCAAGCUGAUGGACGAUUACGUGCUGGCGCUGAGGAGCAAGGAUGAGACGCCGGGUCUGCUCUUGGCAAUGACUCGCGAGGCAGAAGCCGCCAUUCUGGACAAGUUCCAAGCUGACGUCGCUAGCAAGCAGCAAGAAAAGGAGCACCAGAAGCAGUUGGAGCGCGAACGAAAGGAGCAACGCAAAGCCGAACGAGGUGAAUUACGUACCGAGCAGGAGCAACAACAGCAGCAGAUCAAGGACGACUCGACUGCGGCCGUCGUCUCCUCGGCGCCUGUCGAGAAGAAAGAAUUGGUCUCCGCGUCGCUCGUCAAGGAGAAGAAGGACCACCAACAGCAGGUACAGCAAGUGCACGAACAGCAACACGAGCAUCACGACCAGCAGCAACCGUCAGCAGCGGCUUCCACGGCAGUUAAACACAGCGAGGGACUGAUUCGCGCGGCACACAGCAUGACCCACGAUGUAUCGCACUCCGAGCCGAGUUAUUCGGUGAGGCGCGAGGUCUACCACCGUGAGAGCAGGUCAAUCUACUUCACUAUGGCAUUCGCUGGCAUCGCGCUCAUGGCUGCCACCAUCGUCGGCGUUGCGGUAUUCAAACGACGCAGCGCACGAAGUCCCCACAGCCAGGGCUUCAUCGAGGUGGACCAGGCUGCCACGCCGGAGGAGCGGCACGUGGCCAAUAUGCAGAUCAACGGCUACGAGAAUCCUACCUACAAGUACUUCGAGGUCAAGGAAUAGACGGACGUCCAGCGACAGGAGUCUCCUCUCUCCCCGCGCACGGCACGAUGAGAAAAUAAAACUUCAAUGAAAACCCAACAACAACAACAACAACAACAACAUUCCCACGAUCAGUAUAAUACAUCUCUUUCUCUCUCGUGCGUCUGUUUGCGUAUCUGCGGUAUGACAGAGUAGUGCGCGCGCGCGUGGCUGAUGUGUGUGUGUGUGUGUCUGUGCUCAGUCGUUAUAUACUUCGACACACGUAGAUUCCUCGCUGUUGUUUGUCGUUUUCUUUCUCGAUUCCACUGUUCUCUACGUCAGCCACAUUAUACCCGUGUUAUAUUAUUCACCCGCAGACCGAGCGUUUAUUUGUUAUUAUAUACAGUGUAUUGUGUACGAUAAGAUGGUAUGAUUUAAUAUGUGUGUAAACCGCGCGAAGAAAGGGACGAGAGAUGACAGGAAAAAGUAAGCAAAAAAGUAAAAAAAAAAUUAAUAAUAUACAAAUCAUCCCUGAUUAUACGCAUAUCCUGCGAGACCGCGUUUCUAGUCCGACGAGGAUAAUAAUACUAAUAAUAAUCAUCAUCGCGAAGCUUGUGGAGGUCUCGCAGAUUCAAUAAUAUCGUCGACGAUAAGUUUUUAUAUAUUUGUAGGGGUCGAAUUCGAGAGAGAGCACGCGAGGUUCAUCGAGUAGUAGAUACGGAAGCUCAAUAAUUUUUCCGGGAGGAGCAAGUCUAGAAAAGUGUAUACAUUAUACAAAAAAAGUCCAAAAAAAUGGAAGAGAACGGGAGUUACGUGACGCCACUUUUUCCAUGGCGCGAAGGGUUAUAUGCGGAGGAAAAAGUGUCUCGAGGAUCGCUGCCGCUUGUGAGUAUAUAAUAAAGUAAAAACGAUAACCAAUAACGUGACGUCUUGUAACUGCAUGAAAUAGCGCAAAAGCUUCGCUUGACGAGCGAGUCAGCUCCUUAUUCUUUGCGCGUCAAGUAUAAAGAGAUCGAAAUAAUAAGAUGCCAUUAUAUAAAGCACGCGAGCUAUAAGGGUGCAAGAGACGACUCACCGUCUGCACGUUCGAGACACUUUUUUCUUCACCGAUGAACAAAGAAGAGGCUGCAAUCUUAGUUCCAGGAUGUUAGUGAUCUCUGGUGUUCCUUUGAUUUCGUUGGUUCGUCUAACAUUGACACAAACACGCGACUUUUUUUCUCCUAUAAUGAUACAUACCUUCGUUUACUUUCAAAGUAUAAUAUCGAUGUAUACAAGAAAAAAAAAUAAUACAUGACGCGGUACUUGAUGGUAUUAGCGCAGUUCCUGUUAAAAGAUCCCAUGACGGAUCUCGUGUAGCUUUAACAAUGACGAUAUGGUACAUAGACAUUUGUGCACUGAGAAAAAUUUAUUGAAUUCAAAGUUACGACAUCGAUCAUCGAUAAACCUGUUUUAAACACGAAAGUUUACUUUGACUGAUUAAAGUGGGAUAUCGACAGCCCUUUAAAAGUUUUAUACAGACUAAGUACAACUUUAUCUAGGCACCGAUUGUUUCACUACUAUACAUUCGUAAUUUCUUAAUGAUACUUAAUUUAGAUUAUUGGGUUGAAGAAGUUUUCCGGAUUUAAAUACAUUUUUGUCAGUGCAAAAAAAAGUCCACAUGUAAGAGAACUAACAAGGGCGAGUGAAAAUAAUAAGAAUGAUAAACAAGAAAACUAAAAGAAAAUACAGAUAAUAUCCUUACGAAAGAAAGAAUACUAAUGAUCCUUUGUACCUUGAGAAAAAAAAUACUGUGCAAACACUAUAACUCAUAUACUUGAGAUACUUGAUUGACAUCUACACAGAUACAAUAUUAUUCGUCGAUUGAAUUCUGCGCACCAUUGAAAGCAAUAAAAAUUAUGUAAACAAGUGGUCCGAAUAUUAAAAAUAUUGAAGAAAGUAAUCGCAUUGGCUGGCUCAGAGAGUAUAAGUGAAAAAAUUUAGUAGAGAAGCUGAUCAACUAUAUUUUAGUAAGGCUCUGUUGAUAAAGUGACAAACGAUAAUUUAUCGCGCUUAAAAUAAUAUUAUAACUAUAACUUUCUAUAAAACUAUGAAGAAUAUUGUCCAAUUAAAUACACAUACUCAUUAAACUAUAAUUUGUUAAAAUCAGAAUGACUAAACAUAUAGUUGAUCCAGAUAUCUAGUGAAAGAAAAAAGAAAGCUAAAAUAUUUAUAACUAAUAUAAAACUAGUUUAAUUAAUGUAAACUAAAAAAUUUCUCUGAACGCAUUGACACUUGUUUAAGAAAAUAAAAGUACGAACUGCUGAGAGUAGUAAUACGUUGGGACCUGAUGAGAUGGAAAUAAAAGCCCAAUCAAGUAAUGCCUAAAAUGUGUGAAACAAGGCUCAAUAUUGCGUCAGACGAAAAGAGCGAGAGAAAGGGAAAAAGCAACAAAAAAUAAUAAUAAACGACUGUUUGAAUCUGAGCAGGAGGAAUUUUUUUUCAACAAGCCGAUCACGUCUCGUUAUAUCGAUGAAUGUUGUUUCUCGAGCUGCUGAUUUUUCAUAAUAUACAUAAAUGUAGUGCAGAAAUAUGAGACAAGAGGCUUCAAGCUUCGCUACGAGCUUUCGAUUUUCACAAUUGAAAUAUGGAUUUUAGUCUUGUAGGGCACUCACACAAGAAUAUUUUGUUACACAAACACACACGUCGAGUACCGUGGAUAUGAUAUGUGCAGCGUGCAGUCUGGCAGCAAUGAAACGCUUUGAGUAUCCGCAAUGGCACGGAAACGAAUCGAUGGAUAAGAGGUCAUAGGUGAAGUUUAAUAAUUUUGUAUAGCAGAGAACAAACAAUCGGGAUUGCAUCAGGCGGGCGGAGCGUUUCAUCGGUGCCCGAUAUGCGAAAAAUUAGAAAACGAGAAAAAAUGACGAAUACGGCGCAAAGUACAUUGGUUUUCAAUAGUGCGCACCAAUGAGUCUCUGCAUAUAUAGUUUUUUGUAGUACACACAAAUUAUAUUGAUAAACACUAAUAACGAUAUUAAUACUAUUAAAAAAACACUAAUAAUUAAUUAUAAACGAGAUUAAGAGUAAUUAUAAACAGUACAUGUAUAAUUUUUAAGUGUAAAACAUUUGUCAUAGAGUGUGUCGGAUAUGCUCUCUAUCAUUUUGUAUACCUUCUUUAUAUAGCCUUGAAACUUAGUGUAUUGAUUAUUAUUGUAAGUUUUGUUGCGAAAACUUUGAGAUUAUUUAUUUAUAGAUUAUUUAGAUAUUAACAUUUCACUUGCAUAUGAUACUAUUACCAUUAUUAUCUAGUCAGUUAUUAUUUAUUUAUUUAUUUACUCAAACUAUACGAUCAUUGUCUAUUAUUUGAUAUUAAUUUAUUUACAUUUAGUCUGAUUUACCAUAUAAGUUUUUACUGUUCAUAGAUUGUUUAUUACGAUUAAUAAAAAAAGUGCAUGUCUUUUGAGCAAAAAAUGUGCAAAUUUGGCUUCUCAUUUUCAUGGAAUCGUGCAAUAUCUAAGCAAUGUUAUACGAAAUUGUAAAAUUCCAAAUCAGGAAAUUUUGUUUAUUAGUUCGAAUUUCGCUUAAGUCUUUUAAUAAAUAUGUUUAUCAACAAAUUGGCCUCUGUCUAACUGUAUUUCUCUUCUUUGAUAUCUAUCCGGCGAGUCUCGCAACUUUUUUAAUACGUUUUCAGAGAAAAAGUAUGUAUAUUUCCAAUUACAGCCUACUUCAAGUUCGUGUUUCUCUUUCUUUUGAAUAUUUUUUUGUCUUGAAUUUGUAUGGUUUGUUAAUUUUAGCCUUCCAAAUUUACAUCACACCUUUGCAAUCUAAAUGUUUAUCGUCUUUAUUAUAUCAGCACACUAUCAGCUCCCAAUAUUCUACACGUACAUAGAGUCAAAGCUCUUUGUUGCAUUUAAAACGCGAUAUCGUGAAGGCAAAAUCAAUGUCGCCUAAAAAUAAUUCGAUAUAGAGUAAAUCUUAUCUUAUCGAAAAGAUAAGUGCAGGGAAUCGCGCUGAUUCUCGAUCAAAUUUUUUUUCGUAAGGGUAUGAAACAUCGGAAAAAAUAACAAGUAUAAGAAUUCACUGGCCUUAUACCGCAUAGGAAGAAAAAUAUACUCUGCGCCUAUUUAUACACACAAUCGCCGCGAGCCUUGGUUUCAUUAUUAAUGAGUGUCUAAGCAAAUACCAGAGGCACACGUACAUAAGUACGUGUACAUAAAUCCGGCGAUAAGGUUAAAAUCUCGCAGUUCUAUAUGAUAGACGGCGAUGCACUGGCGAUAUUUUUUACUCUCUUUUAUUUUUAAACUCCUUUUGGACGAAAGAGGGAAAUUCGACAAACAAGCAAACGCGUAUACUUUCAGCAAACUUUUGAGCGUUGCGUGUUAUACCCUGUAAACUUUCUUCGCCUUCGGAAGUUUUCUAAACAGUGCAAUAUUAAAGAAAAAAUCACGUAAAUAUAUAACGAUAAUAAAAGUACAUAUUCGGUGUAUGCGACGUACGACGAAAAAUACAAGCCUCUGAUUUAUACAAAUUGCAGCGAAUCCCAGGGAUUCGUUGCAGUCGCAAACUAUAGAUGUUAUCCACCUAUCCGAUCGGGACCAAGUCUUCAGUUCACCCUCGGUACCGUUGACUUAUAAAUAUAUACCCAUGUAGGUAUGCCUAAUACAUAUAUAGUAUAUAUUAUUAUACAAUAAUAGAAACAAGAGGGUUCUUGUAAAAAAACCAAACCGAUAUACGCGUCGAAGAUAUUUUAACAGGAAACUCGCUCUACAUCAGCGCCGGUGUAUUAUAUAAUACAUUGGAUCUCUACAAAUAUCUGAAAACUUUUCUCUCUCUUUUGAUUUCGAUUUUGCGCUUGAAAUCAUGCAAUCUAAGAAUCCUCCAGACCCUAAAUGUUUACCACACUCUGAGAAAAAUUGGAUGGAAAGUUAUGUGUUGCGCUUGAAAUUGUAGAAAGGAACGAAUAAAAAAUAACGUAAGAAAGUUUAUGCACUGCUGGAGAACGAUGUUGAAUGUUUAGAGGGAUUACGAUAGAAAAUCACAAAAAAAAAAAAAAAAAAAAAAAAAUUAAACGAACUUUCUUUGAUCGAUUGUAUGAAAUUUGAUGUUAGACACUGUCAUAUAUUGUUACAUCAAGCUACUUCUCGAAUCAGCAAAAAAAUGCGCUGUUACAAGUUAACUGUUUCUGGAAAAAGAAGAAUUCUAUAUAUCCCGAUAUAUAUAUAUUAUGUGAGAUGCUGUAUAUGUAAUUUGGUUCCUUCGAUACAACGGAAAGUUUUACUCCUCAAAAGCGUAUAUUUUGUAGGUGUGUAUAACGAUUGAAGGGAUGAAAAAAGCGUAGUUGUUAGUGUAAGGAAGAUGGCAUGCCAUCGCAGCUUAUUCCUUUUUGCAAUAUUUAACGAUUUGUAGAUGCCGUGUUCAUUGUAAAAAAAAUGAUUUAUUCCUUGAGCUGUUUUUCUAUUUUGGAAGAUUUUGUAUAGAAAAUGGUUGGAGUUUACUGGUACGCAAACAACAAUCAAAUCCACAUAUUACUCUUGUACAAUCUUACGUAUAUGUAUUCGUCGUUGACUUUUUCGUAAUUCAUCAUCGUCACAAGGUCCGUUGUGCACAAUGUUUUGCAUAGCUUUUUUUACAACUUAAGUUUAGUGUGGUUUGUGCAGAACCUGUCAAAAGAAAGCAGCUUUCGAACUCUCCAUCUUUUUAAUUUAUUUCGAAUAUCAUUUAAAAGAAGCUUAUAUUAUAUGUAAGAAUUAAUAACUGAUGAAGUUUAGUAUCUUAUUAUUCCAGAUUAACAUGUAACAUAUCGAAGAAAAACCAACUUAUCUAUAAACUUACUCUCUAAGAACUAUACAAUAACAAUAUAAAAGCUAAUUUUAUCUUGAAAAGCGCGCAAUAAUUCAAAUUUACGUUCCUAGUCGUCGUCGUGAUAUAAAUUGAAUAUUUUUAGAUUUUUCAUCAUAUGUUUCAUAUUCAUACACUCAUAAGACAAUGUUAUACUUAUGAAAAAAAAAAAAACAUGUAAAUUAAACGUAGCAAAAAUACGUCGUCGAAUCUUCGAGUAAGCCCUGCAAUCAUUGUUAAAAAUCAAACUGCUUCUCGACGCUCCGACGAUGUAUACUAUAUGUAUACACCUUUGUUCAGUAUGUGUAUAACAACGUUUCAUUGAGAUCUUUAAGCUGAGCAUUCAAAAUCGUCGGUUUCGAGAUCAUCAUAAUUUCACACUUAUAAUAUAUAAUCCCCAAAUAUAUAUUUAUGUAUAAUAACGAAAUCAGGCACUGUUGAAAAACUAUUCUGCACUUACAAAAUGCACCUAUACAUCGAUUUUCUUUGCAUUCAAAAAAGAAGCUACUAUAUAUAUACAUUAUCUAUAAUACACGAUUAAUUGUAAAAAGGAAAAAUUGAAAUAUCCAGUUAUUACGAUGCGUUCGAAAACGACGAGGAGCCAACUACGUACGAACAAAAACAAAGUAAACGAUUGUAACGUCCGAGAAAAAAGAAGAGCGAGAGAGCUGCUUUUUUGGAAUGAAAAGUAGGCUGCGCAAUAAGAAUCUUUUUUUUUUUAUCUCGGUUCUCCUUUUCCUGCUUCAUAAAUUAUAAGAACGUAAUAAAAAGGCGGCAGAUUAGGCGCUUGUAUCCACUGAGUGACAAUAAUUUACGAGCGACGGUAGAUAAUGAAUUCGAACAACAGAAGCAGCAAACAUUGCUCAUUUGAAUUAUUCGCGAAAUUAUUACAAAGUCUUGCUUUUCAUUCCGAAAAAUUCGAGGCCUCGAAAGGAUAAUAAAAGGACAUUGUAUACCGCGCGGGAUAAAGAACAAAAGAAAAAAAUAGCGAACGCAGGUUUCCGCGCAAUGUAUGCAACUCAAUUACAUAACGAGAUCUAAAAGAAGCGCCGGAAACACAUCUCUAUAUAGUAUAUAAUAUACGUGUGCAGGCUGGCCUCGCGGCCAUUUUUACUAAGAAACAAAAAAAAAAAAAAACGUAAGAGUAACUAAGUCAUUGUUUUACCGAGGUAUAUACAAAGCAAACACUAUAUAUAUAUAUACUAUAAUCAUCGGAUCAGCUGGAAAAUGUUCGAUGGCUUCGUUCGGCUUUGCCUGGUCUUCGCGAUUCUGCGGCAGCUGCACGGUGCGCGUCUGCAUAUAUUAUACAUGUAUAUAUGAGGGUAAAACGAGUGACGUACAUCUGGAAAUUCGAAACCUUAUAUUAAUCGCCGGCGAAGCGGCAAAUGCGGAAGCAAAAAAUCGAUGCCGGCGUUAAGCCACGCCGAGGCCGUCGAAUAAGAGGAACAAGUCGAAGAUGGACCUAUUUGAGGAGCGCGAGCAUUAUACAAACACACAAUACACGCAUACGAAUAUAUACACAUAUUAUAUACAUAUACCUCUCCAGUACGUGUUUUUCCAGUUAGAUUAUAAUGAAGAGCGAGGCGAGUAAACAGAGAGAAAAAUAAUUGCGAGAAAGAACGCGAGAUGGAUGUGUAAUGAGGAUGCGAGAGCAUAUUGAGAAGCGAUUCUAUAUGAACUAAAGUUAUAUAAAUGUAAGGGGGCGAAGGGAAGAAUGUUGGAGAGCGAAUUCGAUUCGGAUAAAAUUGUUCAUACAAUAACUAUCGUAAAAGUAUAAUUAUGAAUGAUAUUAUAUUAUACAUUGUGACGAUCAUGGUAAUAUAUAUUAUAUAUUUAACGUUCAAUGCUUAUAUAUUUGUAUAUGAUCGGAUGACAUUAGAAAUGUGCGCUUUGAUCAGAAUCGCAUUUUCUCGCGUAAUAGCUUUUACUCUUAGUGAACCAGUAAUUGUAUGGAACUAUUCGUUUCGAUCUUUUUACAGUCGUACGUGCCAUCGAUGAUUUCGAGUUGACCGUAGAUACAUACUGUAUACAUCACCGCUGAAAUUCGAAAGGGCAUGUGAUGCCUCUUGAGCCGUCCUUAUAUUACACGUCAAGCUGCAAUUGUACAUCGUUGCGUUCGGUUGAGCUUUCGAUUACCGCAACGCGAUUCUGGUCGAAGAAACAACACGUGCGAAACACACACAUGGACAGAAACUAAACGAUAAAAAUAUUUUAGAUAUACCGAGAAAAAGGAUAAAAAAAAAAAAUAAUAAGUAAAACAAGUAGCAGUUAUCUAU